AUGUCGCUUCUGGUUGCUCGGAUACAACGUGUCUGCAUCGAAGUUGAUAUGUCAGAAUGGGUGAACGUGACCAAUCGUGUGCUUCAGGGCUCAGUUCUGGGACCAUCGCUCUUCAUCCUUUAUGUUAACGACAGCCUUCAGGAACUCGACUGCGGCAAAAUAAUGUUUGCCGACGACGUUAAGCUCUGGAAAGUCAUUAACGGACCGAAUGAUCAGAGAUCCAUUCAAGAUAAUGUGCACCGACUGCAAGCGCGGUCGCAGAAAUGGCUUCUAGAUUUCAACGUGGAGGAGUGUGCCGUCCUUCAUCUGCGUCCAACCAACUCUCAUUCAAAUAAGGGCCUGAGGACAUAUCACCUAAAAGAUAUAAGGCUCCCUGUAGAAUCUUCACAGAAGGAUCUCGGGGUUUUGAUACAGGGCAAUCUGAAACCAACACUGCAGUGCCACAAGGCUGCAAAAAACGCCAUGGGAGUGCUGCAUGCAAUCAAAAGGGCUUUCGUUAACUUUGACCAAGACCUUUUGGGAGAGUUUACGGCACAUUUGUUCGGCCCCACUUAG